CGCAUCCAGGAUCAGCUGUGCGUGUUUUGUCUGCAGCGCUUCAUUCAGGACUCAGGCGCAGGAGUGAGAGGCUCUGCCAUACGUGGAGCACAUUAGGCAAGAGUAACCAAUGUGAUCUGUGGUUUUACAGUGACAUUUGAUAUAUACCAGUGAAAAUCCGUCGGAGACGACAGAAAAAGAGUUGAAUGAACUACAGAGGCCUCCAGAUAUCGAAGGGAGAACAGGUCAAGGAGCAGUUUUUAUGACAAAAAUCCGACCCAUUAUUAUGACUUAGACCAAACAAAAGCCUGAGAUCAUACAAGCAAAGUUAUUCACAAUGGCCCCCGUGCUAUCAGUGGUAAGGGCCCUGCCCAACAGCUAUACCGUCAAGCUGUUCUCAAGGACGACCUCCUUUUUGAGUCAUGACAAGGUGGAAUAUAGGGCCCAGAGCAACGCCACGUCCGAGCGAGAAAGGGCUAAGACUGUGGCAGCCUAUUACAACCAACCUGCCAUUGAGGCUGCAGCUAAGAAGAAAACUGUGAGAUUAACUACCUCAGCCAUCUUGUACCAUGGAAGGAGUGAGGAUGAGGCGACAACCCUGAGAAGUGCUCAGUAUUUACAAAAGGAAUUGCCAGUUCGUAUUGCCAAGAGGAUCAUGGGAUUCCGUUCCCUUCCUUUCAUUGUGGGCUGUAAUCCAAUAGUUCUGGGAGUGCAUGAACUGUACAUUCGAGCCUUCAACAUACUAAACGGUUAUGCGCCUGUUACUACCAAGGAAGAUGAAGUGAAUUUCAGCAGGAGACUUUCUCAGCUCUUAGAGGAUCAUAAGAAUGUAGUAACGCACCUUGCUCAGGGCUUCAGAGAAUGCAGACGGCACAUUCAAGAUGAAGAGUCUGUGGCCCGUUUUCUGGACACGACACUCACCUCUCGUCUAAGCAUCCGUAUGCUGGCUCAGCACCAUCUUUCUCUUAGGGAAAGUAAGCAAAACUAUGUAGGAAUCAUAAAUGUUGGAAUGAAGCUUAAGGAGGUGAUUGAACGAAGCUGUCAGUUUGUUUCUCGUAUCUCAUUGCACAAAUAUGGGAAGGUACCAGAAAUCAAACUGUCAGGUCAUGUCAAUGCUGUCUUCCCAUAUAUUGAGUUGCCGCUGGAUUAUAUUUUGCCAGAGAUUCUAAAGAAUGCUGUGAGAGCAACAAUUGAGAGUCAUUCAGAAUAUGAAUCUGGCCACUUGCCACCCAUACAUAUCACCAUUGCUUCAAAUGAGAGAGACUUCAUAAUCAGAAUUAGCGACAGGGGUGGUGGAAUACCCCACCAUCUUGUAGGCAGAGUUCUUGAAUAUAACUUCACAACUGCAAACAAGGAGAAUAUGUCUGAUCCAGAGCAGCAAGAGGGUGUCUUCUCAAACAUGAUGGAAGCAGUUAAUCCUAAUCCAGUUGGUGGGCCCAUGCAUGGAUUUGGGUUCGGACUUCCCACUUCUAGAGCCUAUGCAGAGUACAUGGGAGGCAGCUUGGAAAUCCAAGCCAUGCAAGGUAUUGGAACUGAUGUGUAUUUGCGGAUGCAGCAUAUAAACAGUCAAGCUGGUUCCUUCCGGAUUUAAGAAGAAAUUAAGAAUACAUUACCUAGAAAUAUGGAAUGCAGAAUUUCAAACACGUGUCAAGGUAGUGAGAGUAGAAUAAUAUUUCUAAUGCUAGCAUAAUUAAAGAUUAGAAGAUUAAAAUGUUAAAGGAUUGCAACAAAAGCAGAUAAGAAACUUCAGUUCAACUCUAAUAGCUAGACAAAAAGAAGUAGAGGAGCUUCUGUAUUUGGUAAAAUUAAAACAUUUUUAUUAGUAGGGUCCUUUAGGCAGAACUGAAGCCUUGGUGAACAUAUUUUAGUUGAAUCUAAACUUUUGAUUUAGAUUUGUUUGAAUACAUGCUUUAAAAUGCUAAUAGUACCUCACUUAUAUCAGUAUUUAAAUAACAAAGGUAAAUCUCAUACAUAAAUAUUUAUUUAUUGCAUAUGAUCACCUACUUACCAGUAUUUAUAGUGUGAAUGCAUCUUUUUAAAAUAAAACCAAUGAAUGAAUAAAAGGAUACCAUAUGUUUUGAUUGGAGAAAGUACUUCUGCAUUGUUUUGGAUAAAUGGAUGCUUGUCCAUAUUAGAAUAUUGACUUGUUGAUGGAAUUUGAGUUAAUAAUAUCAUGGUCACUGAAACGUAUAUUAUAGUAUUGAUUAAAUAACUUUUGUAUGUUUAUAACCUGCAUGUAACAAGUACUGAGUGCAUUUUUAUGAGUCUUCCAGAUAGGAUACCUGAUAGAUUACCAACAGUCGAAAAAUAAAGUAUAAAGCAAUUAUAUAACAGAUCAUGAUUGUUGAUAAAUUUAUAUCAUUAUUGUGAUAGAACUUGAAAGGAAAGAUACAAUAAAAUCUUUGUCUAGUGGUGAAAGCAAGAGACAUUACGGAAAGUUUUCCUUCAUAAUAAAGAUCUCAGAAAUGAAAGUUUACCGUCAUGUAUUAUUAGAUAGAUGUUUAACAAUAUUUAGUAGAAGAUAAAGAUGUCAGCAUCAACAAAAUAGUAAAUGAAUAGAAUUAUUGAAUAGUGCUUGAAUAAGUUUAUAGCUAGGACUUGAGUUUAACAGUCCUUUUUGUGUAUCCUGGUUGACUAUGUAAUGUGCAACUUACUGUUAUAGCCAAAGCUCUUAAAGUGAAGAAGGAAGUCCAACUUUUAAUAUUUUAAUGGUGUAUAUAAUUCAGUGGGGGGAUUUUUUUUUUUUUUUUUUUUUUUUUUUUGUGUGUGUGCUAAUAAUUCAUAUUAGGUUGAACCAAUCACCAAUUCAUGCUACUUCAAUGUAAAUCUAGAUAGAGUGUAAUCUGACAAAGUUAAUGAAGACACAUUAUGUGGAAGGUAAAUGCAGAACAUAGAGAUGUUUUUUUUUGUUUGUUUUUUUAUAUAUAUAAGUAUAUAUGGAUCGCUACUUUUUCCUUUUGACAUUUGUCAGACUACAUUCUUGAGCUAAAGUCAUGAAACCAACUUUAUACCCUUACAACAAUAUAUAAGUGAGGAAAGGAUAGAAUGUGCAGUUGACCAGAUUCUCAUAGAAAGUAUGUUUAUUUACAUGGAAGAAUAAUUAAACAUAAACAUUCAGUAUGAUUAAUUAUUCAGCAGUAUGCUUAACGAUUCUUCAUAAUUCAUAGGGGAGAGAUCACUUUUAAAGGAAUCUAACAUUAAAACAUGAUUAUAAAAAACAUGAAAUGUUUAACACUUGUAAUCAGUCAGGUAUUUGAUAUGUGACUUGUAUUUAUGUAUUUACAAAUCUUGUUUAUGUAAUAUAAAACACUGAGGGGAAAAUGAAUAAGACAUAUUAUAUUUAUUUAUAUUUGAAAUUUACAUACACGAGGGCAAAUAUGGAUAAAAUAAGUUGCAGUUCUGUUCGAAAAAUUAUUUGAUAAUCAAAUACACUGUCUGUAAAGCAACUACUUGUUACUAGAUAUGAACCCUAAGGUAGAAAUAUUAAUUUUUCUACAACCUCCUCUACCUACACACACACACACACACACCACACACACACACACACACACACACACACACACACACACACACACACACACACACACACACACACACACACACACACACACACACACACACAAACACA